CUAAAGCUGAAAACUCAAAGCAAAAUAAACCAUGAGGCUGUCCCUGAGUGUCCUGCUGGUCACUCUGGCUCUUGACUCCUAUGAGGCCAAUGCCACAGUCUGUCCAGACUUUGUAAAUAUUUCGAAGGGCUUCCUCUUUCAAGAUGCAGCUAGCUUCAAGACUACCAUUCAGGGAAAAUUUAACCCACCUCAAGGAGUCAUUGAGGACUAUCUGGAAGUGAAGAAAUGCACGGAUCGGAUCUCAGCAGGGAACAGAAAAAGAUUGGGAGAGGCAUUGGGGGAAAUUGUGUUGUCUUGUACAUAGCGGAUCAUAUAUCCUAGUAUCUCUGUCUACCAGUAUCUCUGUCUUCUGGAAAAUGUAAAGAUCUCAACAUCUUGCUUCAAUAAAUCAGUUUCCCUGCA